AUGGAAGAACAGGCGUGCCUUGUGCGAGCUCGCUCAGAUUCUGAGAAUUCAUCAAAGCUCGGUAGCUUCGGUUCAAUAUCUAGAACGAUGACAUACACCGACACCAGAAUCAGUGUGUCAGGCACAGAAGGCGGGGGAGAGCCGGCAAGUACGAACAUGACACACAUGCCGCCGGAAAAUACAGAAGGGAAUGAGAGUGGUGAGCUCUUGGACUAUAAUGAUUCCAGUGUUCUGGAACAGUUCCACGAGGAUGCUAUACGACAGGCUGGGUGUGGUUUAUCCCAAGCUCGUGUUUAUUUGGCGGUGUGUCUGGCCAUCGCUGGCGCUUCCUUGGAGCUUGCUUCUAUAGCUUUUGUUCUACCAUCAGCUGAGAUAGAGCUGUGUAUCCUACCACAUGAGAAGAACUGGCUUGUGCUAAUUAGCAUCGUGGGCUGGUCUCUGGGCGGUGUUGGGUGGGGGGCGCUGGCUGAGCGUGGUGGGCGACGCCGCGCGUUACACGCAGCCCUAGCUGUGAACGCCGUGUUCGCAGCCAUCGCUGCGUUCAUGCCCACGUAUGGGACGUUCAUGAUGGCGAGAUUCUGCUCAGCCCUUGGUUCCGGUGGCAUUAUUCCCACCGGGUUCACAUACUGCGGCGAGCUCUGUCCCCGUCAGUGCCGCACGCUGCUGUUAGCGUUGCUGCCAGCUAGUAUGGGAGGCGGGAUCUUGCUGUCAGCGGGGCUGGCUAAAUUAGUUCUGCCAGAUAAUGGCCAUGAUGCUCUUAUAGAGAAUAAAGAGCAUUUUAGUGCUUGGCAUCGGUACCUGUUAGUAUGCACGAUCCCAAUCCUUGCAUCGCUAGUAAGCCUUAUAUGGACUCCGGAGUCGCCUCGAUAUUUAUUGGAUGUUGGCAGAGAGGUGGAUGCUAUGAUGGUCUAUCAGAACAUUCAAUCCGGCAAUCGUAAGCGCGCAUCCGACGCUGACUAUAGGCUCAGCGAACUGGCUUUGCCUUCCAAGAGACGACCCCCAGCCCUUCAUCACGUGCGACAUGGACUUAAAAUGUUCUGGCAGGCGUUCUUCCAGUUAUUCUCCAGUACGUAUCGAAACACGACCAUCUCACUCACGGGGAUGCUGCUCUUCACUGUCGGCAUACAGUUCUAUCUAUCGGCCUACGUCCCAUCUACAGUGACCAAGUUAGAAAACGAAGCCUACGAGCUAUCAAAACAGAGUUACGUGAACGUGAGCUACGACGACGUUCACUACAACGAGACGUUGGAGAACGUCAGCUACGAGGACGUCAACUUCACGAACUGCACGUUCAGGGACAUGAUCAUGUCACACGUGAGCUUCGUGAACUGCACGUUCGUGAACACCGCGCUAUCAAACAUCAAGACGUCUUUUGUUAUAUUCGACAACGCGUUAUUCGUUAAUAGCACGAUCAUCGACACGGAUAUGGAGACAGGUCGUGAGCUAGUUUCAUGUAUCUUCAAUACAACUACAGUCCGCGGUAUGACAGGCUCGUGUCCGCGACACGCUGAGCUCCGCUGGACACAACUACCGAGGCUGAGGGAGAGGACGCUUGGGGCUCAUGCUGUACUGGCCGCUGCUCCGCCAUUGGCUGCAAGGGCUGCUCAUGGAUAUCCCGCGCAUGCUAUAACAUGUUCGAUCCUGCUGCUCCUCUCGCCGGCCCUGUUCGUGGCUCCACACGAGACCACCCUGUAUAUCAUCGAGGCUCUCUACGGGUUGCUUUCAACCAUCAUAUUCUUCAGCGUCGGAGUCAAGAUAUUGGACACGUAUCCAUCUAAUUUGAGAUGCACAGCCCACGGCUUGAUCCUCUCUGUGUCAUAUAUCGCCGGUGCGGGUAUGAGAGGCGCGCCUGACUUGGGCCCAGCGUUCAGUGCACUCCUCUGUGCAAUUUUCGCCAUCUGUGCUACUGUGUUCGCAUUACGAUUGCGGUAA